AUGGCAGAUCAAAAAGUGUCAGAAUGGAUUUGGCACGUUGAUGCUUUGAAGUCAACUCCAUCGGUGCUAGCUGGUUUGAACAAAGAUCAAGAGCUUCUCUACCGUCGGGAAGGUAUCAAGUUGAUUUCGGAAGUUGGAAAUGCACUGAACUGCAAGCCCCGCCCGACGAUUGGUGUUGCCGCUGUCUACUUCCAUCGAUUUUACAUGAUGCACGGUUUCCAAACAUUUGCCAGAGAGUUGACCGCUUUAGGCUGCCUUUUCUUGGCUGGAAAAGUCGAGGACUUUCCGAAAAAGUGCAAGGAUGUGUGUGCCGCCGCACAUUCACUCUAUCCAGAAAUUUUCGCCAAGUAUCCUAAUCUCGUGGAUGACGUGAUGGGAACGGAGCGACUUCUUCUGCACUGUUUGAAAUUCGAUUUGCAAGUCGGACUUCCGUACGACGCACUCAUGGAAUACAAGACAAUGUUCCCUGAUAUGAGUCGGGAUCAAAUCACCGACGCUGUUCAAAUCGCGUGGACAUUUAUCAACGACAGUAUCUACACAACGCUGUCUAUCACAACAGAGCCUCAAAUGAUUGCCAUCGCCCUACUCCAUCUCGCAUUCACUGUCAAAGGAUAUCAGCCAGUUCAACAGAACAUGGAUCCGUGCUGGUGGUCGGCCGACGUGAGCAAUUGGCCACCACAAUCAGUCGACAAGGCUUGCCACUUGGUUCUCGAUUUUUACGCUGCUACGAAAGAACAUCCGAUUCUAUCUGCCAAAAAGCUCACCGUCUAUGGCGCAUUCUAA